CCUUUUUUGUAAACCGAAAGAAACCAACUAAAAUUAACGACAAUGGGAAGCAAAUCCUUAGACUUAAACUGCAUAGAAAUUUCACAAAGGACUCCAAUUCCAUGGCCUUGAAUUUCAUUGCUUCUUCUCUUCACCCAAAGCCUUCUACUACUACUACUAGUCCACUAUCUUUGUUCCCAAAACACAAGCACUUUCUCAAGCUCCACUCUUCUUAUUCUUUCAGAACAUUUGGUCAGCCAGAGGGAGCUGAAGGAAGAGUUACAGAGGAGGAUCCUCCUGUUUCUUUCUCUGGAUCCUUGUCUUCCGCACGCACACAGCUGGAUCUGUUAGAACAACUCACUUCCACUAGCUCAGCAGUUGAUGGUUAUGAAAGUGAUGGCAGUUCCCAGAAACUUACAAUCCGUGACCAGCUAGCACGAUUAGUUGGAGACAGAGAUGAUGAUUUCAGCAUUCCAUUGGGUAAAGAUUUAAAGAAGCUUAGUGCCAAGUUCUUAACCAUUUCACAGAAGAGAAAUAUCAGAAGACAAGCUUACCUGGAUGAAGUGUCUCAAAGGAAUGAUUCAGUUUUCUUUGCGACUAUUGGAGCUUUUGUAAUUCUUCCACCUUUUAUAAUAUUAGGUAUUGCAAUAAUAACUGGUUAUGUACAGCUUUUUCCAUGACAUAUAUGACUUUAGAUUACUAUAGUGAAAUUACAAUUUCUUGCACUAAAUUCGGAGUUGUGAUGCUCUAACUAA